AUGGCAGGCCACCUCCUCAGCAGCAAGGGGACCACGAAAAACGAGAACAAGCUCUUCACCCAGAAGCCGACGCCCUUCUACGACGCAGGCACCGUCCCGGUCCGCCUCGCGUCCGUGCCCUUCGAGAACCGCAACGAGCCGAUUCGCGUCCAGAUCGACGAGCCGCCCAAGCCCCGCCCUCGCGCAGGCCUCGUCCGCACCCGCAAGAGGCUGAUCCCGAGGAACCGCUGGAAGAAGAACACGUACCAGUAA